AUGUCGUCCCGAGCCACAUCUCGGGAUCGCAUCCUUGUUGCUGUUUGUGCUCAUCUCUCCCUGCCUCCUGCACUCCAGCGUGUCCAGACAUCUGUUGGGGAAAAACAUUGGCCGGUCCGCUCCCAGAGUCACCAUGGUACCCAUCAGCACAGCUAUAACCAUGUGGCUCUAGGUAGCCCUACACGCACACCUAAGAAUGCUCACCGGUCAUUGAGACGUGAGAACAAUCGGAUAAGCGGCAUCCUGACCUCGCAGACGGAGCCCUACGACCUGUCUUUCUCGCGCUCCUUCCAGAGCCUGUCACAUCUGCCGCCCUCCUACGAGGCGGCCGUCAAAGCCGACCUCAGCCGGUUCUCAUCCCUGAAGAAACUCACAGAUAAAGAAGUUGAUGACUACUACACCCGUAAGCGCCACCUGCCUGACCUGGCAGCAAGAGGCACUCUUCCUUUACAUGUUCUCAAAAUGAGUCAAGACCAGCAUCGAGAUCCACAGCAGCAGCAACUGCAAACCCAACCUCCACAGUCCAGCAUCUCCCAGGCCCCUCCUCAGUCGCAGUCUUCCCAACAGCAAUCCCAGCAAAGGCAGAGGCCUCGCCGUGUCCAGAGGGCCAUGUCCCAGGACCGCGUCCUGGUCCCGCAAAGUGGUCCGCACCAGGACUACAACAUGUCCCCUGAGGGCAUGUCCCCCUACGGAGGCCGAAUCCUGUCAGACGAACAGCUCCUGUCUGCCGAACGUCUUCGUUCCCAGGAGCGUCUUCUACCACAGGACCGUCACACCUCCCAGGAUCGCCUGUACUCCAAGGAUCGCAUGUACUCCAAGGACCGCCUCCUGUCCCAGGAGCACUUGUAUUCAAAAGACCGCCAUUACUCUCAAGAGCGCCUCUACUCGCAGGACCGCUUGUAUUCCCAAGACCGCCUCCUGUCCCAAGACCCUCUUCUGUCACCGGACAAGCUGAUGAUGUCAUUAAAGCGCGGCAUGGUCAGCAGCAUUUCCGGUGGCUUCCGUGGCAGUGACAAGUCAAUUUCUCGCGCCAUCUCACACACCGAUGUGUUCACACCAACCACUCCGAUCAUGGAUCGCUACAAGAUGACCAAAAUGCACUCCCAUCCCAGUGCCUCGAACAAUGGCGCUAAUGGAGGCGGCGGCGGCAGCGGUGGGGCACCAGGAACAGGGGUAGCUGUGCAUUCCAACACAUUAGCCAUGAACCAGACAGCAAAUAAGAGGCAAGUGUUUGCCUCCAGACGAACUCACACUGUGGAGCAGCUCCACUAUAUCCCACAGCACCACCAGCAGCAGCAGCAGCAACAACAGCCACAGCACUACCGCACAGGCAGCAAGACUGAAGUGACUGUGUAACGGCAGCCCCAGCCUGAGCUGUGCUGGAAGAGUGACUGCUGCACCAGGCCACGGGGCUCAAUUGCAUAACAUGGUUACAUGUCACCUUGUAGAGUAGGAAGUAGUGACUUCAUUUUCCUUAACCGAAGAUUCCAGGACCAAGAUGAUCCGAAAGCUUAACGUGAGACCGGAACAAAGAACUACACUGUACACUGCGUAAACAUGCCCAGCAAGAUUUGAAGCCAGAUAGGGUUGUGGAAGGGUUUGAGGUUGGGUAUUGUCAAGUUAACCUGCCUAACAUAACUCCCGGGUUCUGGGUAACCCUGUUUGUUCACAGUCUACAGCCUGCCUCUGUACAUGUUCUAGUGGAACACACUGAUUGUGUUUGUUUAAACCUUGAUUAGUCCCCUUUGUCCAACGAUUCUGUGACCUUCUCUGGCAAAUCUUAAAGGGCUUUGCAUGGUUAUAGACAAGAACUGAGUCCUCUGCGACUUCUGUUGUACAACACAACGCCAUCACAGGCGAUGAACAAGAGGGAGCCUGUAAUAUCUUUAUAAAUAUAUAUAUAAAGAAAAUAAAAUAAAGGCAUAAAAAGAAUAUUUUUUACGCCCCAUCUAACUCAUAGCUCUAGAGAAUCUCAAGAGAGAAACUGAAAUGGAUGUUAUCUGCACUUGUAUUUGGUGCCUCUGACAGAUGUUCCAUUUCUGAAUACAAAGUGGUUUUGUGGGUUACAAAGCACAAUCAAUAGAAAAAUAUUCCGUUUUGGUUUAUCUUUGACUUUGAAUAGUGAUGGCUAGCUUAUUUUUUUUUUUUUAACAAAGGCAAUUUUGUUUUUUGUUUUUUUUCCUUCUUUUGCUUCCAGUAGACAAUUGUAAAUAAGCUAUCCUUGAAGCCGUAUUAUGGACAAGUCUGUACUGGAUGAACUUUGUAUUAGACUGUCUGUUUUAAAUAGAUUCUAAACAACUAUAACUCAUCACUGUUUUGUGAGUUCAAGAUAGAAACCCACAUAACCAAGUGUCUGACAGGAUAAAUACUGUGUUUCUUUGCAACUUGUUUGGACAGGAAGUGAAUGAAUGUGCUACUAACAACAGAUAUCAUGUUUGGAUGUAGACUGUAAUCCAUUGAUAUUGGAAGACUGGAAUGUCUUGGGUAUGGAGUACAAGGCUUGUCAAAGUAGGGUCAAAUAAAUCAUCCAUAUUUUUCUAAACAUGCAA